AUGCUAGCUUCACCUUCAACUGCUGGGACUUCGGAAACAGUUCAAAUAAUAGAUGAAUCCGGGAACGAUUCUUCGGGAAAAAUGAAUGAGUUGGAUGAUGGCUUUGUAACACUGCAAAAACAAUUUGAGGAAAAAUUGGAACUGCAAGGGAAUAGUGGAGAAAAACCUUCGUCAAGGGUGACUACGGCAGGAAGUAUGGCGGAAAAUAACCUGGAGAAGUUUGCUUUGUUGUACGGCAAAUAUAACACACAAUGCAAUGAAUUAGAAAGAUUAGAGAAAGUAAAUAGUGAACUGGAAGAACAAUUGCAAAAAGUGAAAAGAGAAUAUGAUAGUACUCAGGAUAUGCUUAACGCUUGCCGAAGUGAGUUCUCUACUCAUCGUGAAAGUUUGGAACGUCGGGUAAUGGACGUGGAAUUACAACUGAAGAUGGCCACUGAGCGUGCUAUGGCACGUGAGCAACAUUAUCAACAGCGAAUAAAACAAAAUGAUACGAAAUGGGAUCAGAAAUUUGUGCAGCUAUUGAAAAGGACGGAAGCAGUCGAAAAAGAAAAGAAUGAUGCUGUGUGCCGAUAUGCGGCAAGGGAAGCGCAGCUAAUGCGCUUACAAACGCAGAUAGAAGGACUUGAAGUGCAGAAAAAUAUGCUAUCAGUAGAGAAAAAUGCAUUGCAGAAGAGCACGCACUUUGAAAACUUGCAAAAUAUGAAAUAUUCACUGACAGAAUUGGAACGACAAUUAGCAUUCGAAAAGGAGGCUAAUAAAGAACGUGAGGAACAGCACAAAAUGACCGUCAAACACUUAGAAGCUAGUCAAACGGUACUUACAGAAUUGCGUUCCCGUUUGGAAUCCGUACAAUCUCAGUUGGCACUGGAACAAAUGCAGAAAGAGGAAUGUCAGGAGAAACUGAGAAAGGCAAAAGCAAUGUUGAAGACAUUAGAACAGCAGUGCGCCGAUGAAGUGGAUGCGGCGACAAAGAAAACGAACAAUCAGGAAGAACUGUACAACAAUGUAUGCGACGAGUUGGCUUCGCUUAGAUCACGUAAUUCCACCCUCUCUCAACAACUCGACCACGUUAUACAAACAAACGAUCAGUUGCAGGCAGAAUGUCAACAGCUGAGUCAGAAACUGGAACAAGCUCGUCAGACUCAUCAAGUUGCUUUGGAAAAAUUAGAGUCUCUGGAGGAAAUACGAACACAGUUAAAUAGUAAUUUGCGCCGUGUUAAGUUAGCAGAGAUUGCGGCAAUGGAUGCGGUUGCAGAACGUGAUCAAGCAGAAGCAGAAGCAGCAGAAUGUCGAAAGCAAGCGGAAAGGAUGCUCGAAAUCACUGAACAGUUAGCAGAUAAGAAUUCGUCAUUAACUUCGCAGCAAGAAGUGUUCAGAUUCAAGAAUUUGGAAUUAAACCAACGGGUGAAGACAUUGGAAUCUUCUGUGUCGACAUACGAAAAACAUAUUGUUGAGCUGGAACGAGAACUGGAACUGUUAAAAGUUGAUAAGUCUGCAGAAAUUGGAACGCUACGGCAGCAAAUCGAUACAAAUAUUGCUAAAGAACACAAAUUGAAUGCAGUAAUUAAUGAACUUCGUAAUGAACAGGAAAUACUAAGAAAGAAGAAUUCGAGCUCUCUGAAGGAAUUACGUGCUGAAGUGCAGCAUUUACGUAAACUGCAAUCUCGAAGCUCAAAUUUAUCCUCACCAAAUGCAUCAGUAGAGGAUAAUUUAUCACUUACUUUGCUACCUAGCGGUAGAAUUAUGUUAUUUACGGGUGCAGUGGGUCCAUCCACUUCGUCACGAGCAUCGUCGAUUGCAUCCUCCACUGAUAUAUGUCCACUGGCUACUGGUUAUUCCACUAUCUUAAUCAGUCAAGCUGAUGCUCAUCAAAAAGAAUCUCAAAAGUUUCUAGCACCACCAUCGUCAGAUGAAGCAAGUCACGUGCAACAGCAAAUGAUUGAAAAGAUUGUGAAGCUGCAACGGCAAUUGGCUAGACGACAAGAUAAGAUAGAAUUUCUGGAAGAACACGUUCGACAAUGCACACAGGAACUAUUGAAGAAAACGAAGAUUAUUCAGAAUUACGCACUGAGAGAGGAGGCAUCUUUGUUGUUACCAGUGAGUGACUUGAAUAAGAUGCCACGUGGACCUAAUGGUAGUAGCAGUACUUCGUCCUCUUUAAUAGGAAACUUGUUUGCAAUCAGUGCCAAUAGUGUAAUUGGAAAGGCUGAAUUGAAAUUUGCGACGGAAGUAAACUCACGCCUACAAGCUGUGCUGGAAGAUGCUCUGCAUAAAAAUAUAGCGCUUAAGAAUAACAUCGACACUUUGGGUGAGGAAAUCUCUCGGUUAUCACGCGAAAAUCGACAGCUGGCCCUUUCCAAAGUUUUGUAA